GUAUACGCACAUAAGGGAGCGUGCUAAUCGACCAGAUGACAAUGACGAGGAUUUUAAAAUCCUAAUGAAGGAAGAUGGUCUGCCGGAGGUGGUGCGACUCACAGAAGAAGACGUGGCAACUGGCCUUUUUUGUCUGUGUGAUGUUCUUCUUACUGUUCCAGGCCCUGACGAAGAACUGCAGUAUCCGAGUAUUGCGAGUUGCACGCGUGAGUCGUACAUUGCGGCGCUCAAAUUGAGAGGAGCGGAGAUGCUUUUGAAUGCAGAGAAUCCCCUUGUGAGGGUGUAUCAUUACCAUGGGGCAUAUCGACCGCUGGUAGUAAAGCCGAGAGGACUAAAGAUGCGCCUUGUGAACACGAAAGGACCGCGAGAGCCAAUUAUUCUCACGGAUUUGGAAAAGUUAGCCAUGUGUGACACCAAUAAUAAUGGUGUGAUGAAUAAUGAGAUUGAACAGGACGCCUGCACAACGACUGCAGUGAGUAAGGCAAUUGUGGUGGAAUUUUCCCUUCCUCCAGGCUCAUACGCUACCUCUGUUUUGAGGGAGUUUAGCAUCCCUUACUCUGAGGGUUACCAUUCCACGGCGGCUAUGCAAUGCGACAGCAGCGGCAGUCAUUAG